GAAUGCUCUAUUCUGAAUAUGAACAGUGAAAAAUCUAGUUGGCCUCCCUUAAUUGCGUAACGGAAUCGCAGGAUGCAAAGGUGAAAAACAAACUGCUACAAAAAACAGAUGCAGAUUGCAGAAUAAGCAGACGCUACCAAUCGAGCAACGAAAAGGGACGUGCUAAGUUCUGAGGUUAUGUUCGUUUCUAUUUUUGUAGUCGCCGAAUAAUAUAUUUCUACGCGAGGUUGUCUAUGAACAAUAAAUAGGGUUUGAAUUAUCAUCAUGGUGCGAUGUGUACAAUGAUAUCGAAUGUAAACAAAGUAAAAGAAUUAUGGCUAUACAGAGCACAAAGAAGCGAAAUUUUAAAUGUUUUCAUUUCUUUCAAAGGUUUACAUACAGUGUAGUGACGUCUACAGAGUGGUUCUUUUACAGAUUGGGGGUACUUAUCGGUAACAAGCCAAAAAAAACUAUUCUGAUAUGUUGGAUCGUAGUAUUUCUGAGUGCGUUUGGAUUUCUGCGUUUCCAACAAGAAAAAAACCCUUUGAAGCUCUGGGUACCCCCGCACACGACGUUCAUACGUGAUUCGGAAUGGUUGAUGAAAUCUUUACAAAAGGGAUACCGUGAAGAGGGCGUUAUGAUUGUUGCCGAUGACGUAUUAACACCCAGUAUUAUAGGAAAGCUAGCUGAGAUUGAUAGACAAGUUAGGGACGUAGAAAGCGACAACUUCUUGAAGUUACACAAUGUUUGUUUUGAGAUACCCAAAGUAGACAAAGGAAUGUUAAGAAUGCUUGAAACAGAGAUCAAUGAUACAAGGCAGGAUCCUAGCAUGAAUAUGGAUCCUGCUUUGUAUUGCAGCUUUAUAGAAUCUAUGAGAAAAGAGUGCUACACGAAAAGCAUUCUAGAAUUGUGGAAUUUCAAUAAAGAAGAUAUCGAAUCUCUUACAAAGGAUGAUAUUAUUAGGGCUAUUAAUAGUUACGAUAAAAAUACUAUGUACGGAAAAUUAAAAAGCAUAGACGAUCUUCUGGGAGAGGUUAUCAGAAAUGAAUCCGGUUACAUCGUAGGAGCUAAAGCUUUGCAGAAUUUUUGGUUUCUGAGCUUAAAUUUUUCGGCCGUCGACAUGGAUAAAACCGGCAAUUAUGCCGGCACGGCAGAUUGGGCAUCCGAAGAAGUUCUUGACUGGGAAAACGCAUUUUUACAAGUCAUGGAAAACGUUUCUAAAACCUUAAACAACACUUACUACUAUUCAGGAAAGAGUUUUGGAGAUAUCAGUAAUGCUGCAAUGUUCCAAGACAUGGACCUGCUCUGCAUCGGCAUUGUUAUAAUGGUGAUAUAUGUCCAACUGGUCAUAUCGAAAUUCAACUGGCUCGAAGCAAGGGUUGUUCUAGGAUCUGUCGGGAUGUUGACUAUAGGAAUGGCCUUCAUAGUUGGAGCCGGUCUGUGUUCUUUAUUUGGAGUUCACUACGGACCAGUGCACACUUCCUUGCCUUUUCUCUUGAUGGGAUUGGGGGUGGACGAUAUGUUCGUGAUACUUUCAUGUUGGGACGAGUUAACCGAGGAAGAAAAAAAUUUGCCUCUACCUGAAAAGAUCGGAUUAAUGCUUAAGCAUGCUGGUGUUUCGAUUACGAUAACAUCUUUCACGGACGUGAUAGCCUUCCUUAUUGGAUCCUCAACGAUACUUCCUUGUCUCAAAUCGUUUUGCAUCUACGCAGCAGCGGGCGUACUUAUGACUUUUGUAUUUGCCGUUACGUUUUUCGUAGCCUGUUUUGUUUUGGACCUAAGGAGGGUUGAAAGUAAACGGAACGGGAUAUUCCCCUGGAUUGUGCACGAGAACUACGUCCCCAACGAGUGCAGCCAGAAGAGAAUUUCAAACAAAACGUUUGAAUACGUUUAUUCCAACAUCAUUUUGACGACUCCCGGAAAGAUAAUAGUGGUUUUAAUCACUGUCGUUUGUGUGGGCUUUGGAAUAGAGAGCACGCUGAAAUUGGAACAGCGUUUCAAGACGGAAUGGUUAAUUCCUGCGGGUUCGCAUUUAGCGGAGUUUUUGAAAGUAAAAAACUUUUAUUAUCCCGAGAAGGGGUUUGACGCAGGUUUCUAUAUGGGUGCCCUAGACUACAGUCACGAAUUGAAUAAUAUCCGAGACGCUGCGAGUCGUCUCGAGAAUAUGAGCGAUGUCACGGCUAAUGUUGUGUCUUGGGUGGAGCCGUUCAGGGAUUUUGUUUUGUACAAUUUCAAACAUGACGUAUUUGAAGAGCCAUUGGACGACGUUAGAUUUCACUUAUUUUUGUCCAAGUUUCUAAACAGUCCAAGAUAUGCAAAAUUCCAAGCAAAUUUUAUAUUCGAUGGAGACUUGGAAUGUGGUGCUCCUACACCAAGAAUAAAAAUGUCCAUUAUAGACUUUCAUUUCCAUAGAUUCGAAAAUCCCAGGGACCAGAUCCCUGCUAUGCAUCGCGUGAGAGACUUGGCAGAAAACGCAAAUUUCACCACGGGAGAUAAAUUUGCAACGACUUGGUCGAAAUUUUUCGCAACUUGGAUAACAGACGAGUUAAUCGAUAUCGAAGUCAUGAGAAACCUCCAACUGGCCCUAUUAUGCGUCAUGUUGUGCACGAUACUGCUGAUAGCGGACUGGCAGAUCUGCUUCUGGAUAUUCAUCUGCGUCCUCGUCACAAUGGUCAAUGUGUGCGGAUUCAUGCAGCGAUGGGGACUAACAAUCGACGUGGUUUCAUGUAUCGGCCUGGAGCUUGCCAUCGGGUUAUGUGUGGACUACGCCACGCACGUGGGUCAUACCUUUUUGACGGUUCACACGGGAUCGCGGCAAGAUAGGGCCGUCAAAACUAUGAGUAGCAUCGGUUGCGCCGUCUUGUUCGGCGGUCUGUCCACCUUCAUCGGGGUUUUCAUGAUGAGCCAGUCGAGCGUGUACACGUUUCAGUCGUUUUUUAAGAUAUUUUGUCUAGUCAUCUUGUUUGGAUUGUUUCAUGGUCUUGUAUUUCUGCCUGUGAUCUUAAGUUGGAUAGGUCCAAAGCCCUACAGGGUCCACAAGCCAGUUCCUCAAAGUGAAAUGGAAAUUUCUUAGAGUAUUUUGAUGAUAUUAUUAGUUUGUUGUUGAACGUAUUAGAAAAUUAUAUUUUUUAUAAAGAACACCACUUUUAUUUCCAAAGAAAGUUAUAAACGCUUGCUUUACACAUACACACAACAUAAAAAAUUGUCAAUGUUUCUUGAGUACUUAUCUUUUUUUUUUCAAAUUAUUCUUAAAUAUAAUGUAUACACAGAAAUUUCAAUAAACAAAAUAAUUUUGAACACAAUUAGGCCAAAGUAUAAGUAGUAGAAGAUAAUUUUAUUCUUUUUUCACCUAAACGUAAACGUUGACUUAAAAGCGUAAAAAAAUACAUGAAAUAUUUAAAAAAGCGAUUCAAUAAAUCCAUUUACAGCUUCCACAAGUAAGGAAAAAAUAUACUUAUUGAUAGAUAUUGCUUUAUUAAACUGAUCAACGCUUGAGACAGGAUUACCACUUUAAUCUUCAUAGAUAUACAGGGUGUACAAAAAAAAGGUUGACGUGUUAACGUUAAUAAAA